AUGGACGUAUCUAAUGCUUUCUUGCAUAGCACACUUGAUGAGGAGAUCUAUAUGUCUUUGCCUCAAGGAUAUACUCCUGGUCCAAAUGAAGUUUUACCUCCCAAUCAUGUUUGUCGACUUCACAAGAGUCUCUAUGGCCUUAAGCAAGCCUCACGCCACUGGAAUCAGACGUUCACAAAAGUUCUUGUUGAUGCUGGCUAUACUCAAUCUGAGUCUGAUACAAGUUUUUAUGUUAAAGCUUCUCCUACGGCUUUUGUUGCUGUCCUGUCGACACUUGCUGCUGCUUUUAUGAUCAAGGAUCUUGGUACUAUGCGGUUCUUUCUCGGGCUGGAGAUUGUGCGUUCUGUUUCUGGCAUCUCUGUUUGCCAACGCAAGUAUGCUUUGGACUUAUUAGAGACUGCUGAACUUCUUGCCUGUAAACCUGUGAGUGUACCUAUGGAUCCUUAUGCGCAUUUGAGUCUGGAGGAUGGUACUCCUUUACCUUCUGCUCGGCCUUAUAGAGAACUCAUUGGUCGAUUGCUGUACUUGAUGAUAACACGUCCUGACAUCACUUUUGCGGUUCACAAACUGAGUCAGUUUCUCCAGCGACCUUCUGAUUUUCAUCUACAAGCUGCUCAUCGAGUUUUUAAAUAUGUGAAAGGCAAUCCUGGUCAAGGUUUGUUCUAUUCUUCGAAUUCUGAGCUAUGUUUGAACGCUUUCGCCGAUGCUGAUUGGUCUUCUUAUCGAGAUACUUGUAUUUCUACUACUGGCUAUUGCGUUUAUCUCGGUACUUCUAUCAUUUGCUGGCGUUCUCAGAAGCAGAAGGUGGCUAGUCGGAGUAGCACUGAAGCGGAGUAUCGUAGUUUGGUUGAUGUCACACGAGAGGUCUUAUGUAAGUCAGCCAUCUACAUCGCCACGAAUCUUGUCUUCCACGAGAGGACUAAACACAUCGAGCUUGAUUGUCACAUUGUGCGUAAUCAGCUGAAAGUUGGGACUCUCACUGCGAUUCAUGUCACUAGUGUUAAUCAGCUCGCCGAUAUAUUGACCAAGCCUCUUCAUCCAUCUCCAUUUCAUUCCCUGUUUGGUCGACUCUCUGUUUCAAGCUUUUAUCUUCCUCGUGAUCCAGAUUAA